AUGACCACCAAGACGGCCGAUCAGAUAGAGUGGAACUUCAGGCAGGUGUUCGGCGACACGUGCUCGAUAGAGGCCAUCCAGGACGCUGACAUGAUCUCUGCGUUAAAGUUUAACCAGGACGGCUCUUACAUAGCUGCAGGCGAUCGCGGAGGGCGCGUUAUAAUCUUCGAGCGUGCAGACUCAGCCAAUAAGGAUAAGGCCAUGGUGGAGUACGGAUUUUAUGCCGAAUUCCAAUCCCACGAGCCCGACUUUGACUCCCUUCGCUCCAUGCAGAUAUCUGAACGUAUUGUGCAGGUUCAGUGGUUGCCACCAGCCAAUGGUGCUCUCUUCCUCUUGACAACUAACGAGAGAACGGUCAAAAUCUGGCGUGUUGCGAAUAGGUGUAGUGUACAAAUAGCUCAUACAAACCUUUCUCGAACGGCCAACGGGAAGCUCCAGGGAGAGCUGCACAUCCCUGAGAUAAUAAAGUCCGAAGAGAAGAUGGUGUCCUCCAUAACGAAAAAGAUCUUUUCUAACGUGACAACCUUCCACGUCAAUUCCAUUGCUCCCUCCUGUGCCGGGGACCAAUUUCUCGUCGCAGACGAUCUUCGCAUCAAUAUCUGGUCAGUAGACAGCAACACGGAAGCGUUUUCCAUGGUAGAUUUGAAGCCCGCGUCUUUGGAGGACGUGCAAGAAGUUGUCACAUUCGCAGAUUAUCACCCCACCAAUGGCAGCGUCUUCGUUUAUGGAACAUCUCAUGGUACGAUCAAGCUCUGCGACACGAGGAAGCGUGCGCUCUGUGACACCUACGCCAAGCAGUAUGCAAAUCCGUUCCUCAACACGUCCGAUUGCCCGUACGGCGCAUUCGCUACAUACAGCGGCCAGUCAGACAUUGCUGCCGGAAUAUCUGGUCUCCAUGUCACAAAGGACGGCAACACAAUCAUUGCGCGUGACUUCUUGAGCCUCAAACUCUGGGACAUUCGUUCAGAAGGACGCCCCCUAAUCACCCUUCCAAUCCAUCCAUUUGUGAAGGAUUACGCCCAGAGGCUUUUGGAGUCGGACUCUCUUUUCGACAGAAACGACGUUGCCGUAUCCCCUGACUGCAGAUCGUUUGUGACCGGCUCCUUUAGUGACAAGUUCCACAUUUAUGGCACCCGUAGCCGCGAUAUAGCGUCGUCCAGCGGCAUUGCAAUCCUCGCCACCCGUCAGAUUCGCAAGCGCUCCAAGCAAGUCUUACAGCACCUUAAUAAUAGAACGAUUCCUUCAAGCAGCAUUGGAGCGCUCCCCAUUUUAGAGAGCGGUAAGGUCCUGGGAGAGAAUCUCUUGCUAGAUCAAGUAGACAUCAGAAAGAAGAUUCAAUAUCUUGAUUGGCAUCCAACAGAGAACAUUUUAGCAAUCAGUACAGUUUCUAAUUUAUAUAUUUACGCCGCAGGGAACUGA